AUGGUUCAAUACAUGAAGGACGUUGCGAAGCUCGGUGUAGAACUCACAGUAGAGGAACGUAACCUUCUUUCUGUUGCCUAUAAAAACGUCAUCGGUGCACGUCGUGCCUCAUGGAGGAUCAUCUCCUCGAUCGAACAGAAAGAAGAGAAUAAGGGUAAUGAAGCCCAAGUGGGAAAGAUUAAGGAGUAUCGUCAGAAGGUUGAACAGGAAUUAUCGGCAGUUUGCUCGGAUAUUCUUUCGGUUUUGGAUGAACAUUUGAUCCGUUCUGCUGAGGCUGGAGAAUCAAAAGUGUUUUAUUAUAAGAUGAAAGGCGACUACCACCGGUACUUGGCUGAAUUUGCUUCAGGUGAAAGUCGAGAAGAAGCUGCAACUCUAGCGCAUCGAGCUUACAAACACGCAACCGAGAUUGCGCAGACCGAUCUCGCUCCCACUCACCCUAUCCGCCUCGGCUUAGCGCUGAACUUUUCUGUCUUUUAUUACGAAAUUCUCAACUCGCCCGACCGUGCUUGCCAUCUGGCCAAGCAAGCGUUUGAUGACGCUAUUGCGGAAUUGGAUACGUUAAGUGAGGAGUCUUACAAGGAUAGUACAUUGAUUAUGCAGCUCUUGAGGGACAAUUUGACGCUCUGGACUUCAGAUCUGCCAGAAGCAGCAGAAGGAGAGAAAACUGAGGAACCUAGACAAGAUAAUGAGCCUGAGGAGAAUAAUUAG